AUGUGUGUGUUCCAACAUGGCCGCCUCACCACACGCCGACCUGCUGUUGUGUUUACCUCCAUCCACGCUCACAUCGGGCUCGUUCUGGUCCGUCGGCCUUCUCUGUGUGGUGUGCGGCGCUGGAUCCACGGCUCGUUCAUGCAGACGUCCAUUCAGGAGUCUGUGCAGGGAGAGGAGGGGGAGGAGGGGGAGGAGGGAGAGAGGAGGAGAGGGGAGGAGAGGGGAGGAGAGGGAGGAGGGGGAGGAGGGGGGGGAGGAGGGGGAGGAGGGGGGAGGAGAGGGGAGGAGAGGGAGGUCGCUAUCUCGAAGUACCGGGAUGUCGGGUUCCGGUACAUGCGGCCUCGUUGCCGCGGUUCCAGCUGUGCAGGAACUGCCUUUGGAGCUGGGAACCACAGCGGAUCGACAGUCCGUCAGACCAAAGAUGAACAGAGCAUCCUACUGGCUUACGAAGUUUGGCGCGACCGCGGUAACAACUGGGCUGCGUGUCCUCCGAGAGCCGCCUCACACCGGAGUAACGGAGGAACCCGACGGGACCUCAACCUCUCCACAUCGUCCCCCUCUGUAGUUAUAGAUUCUCCUGAUAACGGACCGACUCGACCAAUCGGGAGCGAGGGUGAAGAACUGAUGCUGUCCCCGGUGCUGCCGGAGUCAUCAAAAAGUUUGUCUGCAGCUCAGAGAAUGAACGUGGAACACGCACUUAUCGCUGCUUAUGUGAACAGGCUCCAGGGCAGCCCAACUGUGGGCAGCGCAGGCCGACAGGACCAGGAGCACGCGCUGAUCGCUCGCUACACGUCACGUCUGGCGGAGACCGAAGGAUCUGGAAUGAUUCCAAACCGAAGUAUUAACUUUGAUGCUAACAAGCAGAAGAGGGAGCUGAUCGCCCAGCUGGAAAACAAGAACAGAGAGAUUCUGUGUGAGAUCAGGCGUCUGCGUGUGGAGCAUGACGCCGCGUGCCAGGCCAGUCCUGACAAGGCCACCACCAACCCCACCCUGCUGGCCGAGCUGCGCCAUCUCAGACAGAGGAAGGACGAGCUGGAGCAGAGGAUGUCCACGCUGCAGGAGAGUCGCAGAGAGCUCAUGGUGCAGCUCGAGGGACUGAUGAAGCUGCUCAAGGUCCUAAAGCCUCACCCUGAUUCUUUAUGA